UUAAGGGCGCGAGAAUGUGGGCCGGGCCAGAAGUCUGGCGGGAAAGGCGGGGCCGGAAAGUUUUGCCCUGCCCCGGGGCUGGGCCAGAGGGCAGUCAGGGGCGGGGCCGUGGCUGUUCGCAUCCUGGUGGAGGCCGGAACUUUUCCCUGGGAAGCCGCGAGUGGGCGUGGGAAGUUCUGUCCUGGCUGGAGCGAGCAUGCACCGGAGAGGAACCCCUAGUGUUGCUUCCAGAUUCUGUGGUGGUUGCUGGGAUCCUAGCCACAGCUGGUGAAAUGGCAGCCACCCUGGAUCUGAAAUCAAAGGAGGAGAAGGAUGCUGAGCUGGACAAGAGGAUUGAGGCUCUUCGGAGGAAGAAUGAGGCCCUCAUCCGGCGCUACCAGGAGAUUGAGGAGGACCGUAAAAAAGCUGAACUCGAGGGUGUAGCAGUGACAGCCCCUCGGAAGGGCCGCUCAGUGGAGAAGGAGAAUGUGGCGGUUGAGGUGGAGAAGAGCAUGGGUCCCUCACGGAGGUCUCCUGGGACCCCUCGGCCCCCAGGGGUCAGCAGGGGCGGGCGGCCCCCUCCCCAGCAGGGAGGCCGGGCAGGCUUGGGCCGGGCAUCCCGCAACUGGGAGGACAGUCCUGGGGAGCUGCCUCGAGGAGGAGCUGGGGGCCGGGGCCGAAGGGGCCGGGGCCGGGGGUCUCCUCAUCUCUCCGGAGCCGGAGACACCUCAACCUCGGACCGCAAAUCCAAGGAGUGGGAGGAGCGGCGGAGACAGAACAUUGAGAAGAUGAACGAGGAGAUGGAGAAGAUUGCCGAGUACGAGCGCAACCAGCGGGAAGGGGUGCUGGAGCCCAACCCAGUGCGGAACUUCCUGGAUGACCCCCGGCGACGCAGCGGGCCCCUGGAGGAGCCAGAGCGGGACCGCCGGGAGGGUAGCCGUCGACAUGGGCGCAACUGGGGCGGCCCUGACUUUGAGAGGGUGCGCUGUGGCUUGGAGCACGAGCGGCAGGGCCGCCGGGCUGGCCCAGGCUGUGCUGGCGACAUGACACUGUCCAUGACGGGCCGGGAGCGGUCAGAGUACCUGCGCUGGAAACAGGAGAGGGAGAAGAUUGACCAGGAGCGACUACAGCGACACCGCAAGCCCACGGGCCAGUGGCGGCGGGAGUGGGAUGCUGAGAAGACUGAUGGCAUGUUCAAGGAUGGCCCAACCCCUGCCCAUGAACUGUCCCACCGCUAUGAUGAACAGGCCUGGGCCCGGCCUCCCAAACCCCCCACUUUUGGGGAGUUCCUGUCACAGCGUAAAGCUGAGGUCAGCAGCCGCAGAAGGAGAAAGAGCAGCCGACCCCAGGCCAAGGCAGUGCCCCGAGCCUACAGUGACCAUGAUGACCGCUGGGAGACAAAAGAGGAGACAGUGUCCCCAGCCCCUGAGGCCCCACAGCCCCCGUCCCAGGAGGAGACACCCAUGCAGCCUCCGGAGCCACCUGCUCCUGCCCACCGGCCUCCUGAGGAUGAGGGGGAGGACGAGGAAGAUGAAGAAUGGGAGGAUGUGAGUGAGGAUGUGACUGAGGACGAGGAGGAGGAGGAGGAGGAGGAAAUUGAGGACGAGGGCACUGAGGAGCAGGAGGAAGAGCCAGCCCAUGAGCACCAACCCCAAGAGGCCGAGCCCUCCCGUGGUGCCCCCAGCGAGCAGGCCGAGCAGGCGGAGGAGGCAGCGCCUUCCAGGGCUGAGGAUACACUUCCCCAGGCGCCUGCCACGCCCUCCAGCCCCUUCUCACCACCUGGUGGCCACCAGCCUGUGUCAGAUUGGGGAGGUGACCAGCCGGCCUCUGCCUCCCUGGAGAGUGGGCACAGUCUCCCAGGAGCCCAGAAAGCUGAAGAGGAGGGGUCUGAGGCAACACCAGAGGUGGGCCCCGAGGGCCAGGAGACGGCGGAGAUCACGGACUUCCAGAGGGCCUCCCUGAAUUCCUGAAGACGCUGCUGGGAGGGGACUGAAGCUUCCCCGCCUGGAUGGGGGGGGGGGGGCGGCAGGAGGGGUUCUAUCUGGAUCUCCGGGCUGGGUUCUCUCCUCGGAGCCCCUGGGACCCCACGGCUGUAGGGCGAGAAGGGAACUGAGGGUGGGUGGCGGAGUUGCUGGGAGAGGGAGCGAUCGGGUGAGGGCGAGGUCGGAACCUCGGGGGUGAGGUUAGCCUCAGAACACCUGAAAGGGCAGUAGGUGGCCGCUGUCUAGGGGCAGGUGGGGGUGCCAGGCAGGGCCCCGCGUCUGGAGGAGUUCGGGUGUGUGCGGGGUGAGCAUG